AUCCCCGUCCUGGUAGCCGCGCGGCGCAGAACUGCCGGCGCUUGCCCGGCGAACCCUGCUCGGGGCCGCUUAGCUCGCUCCCAGCUCAGCUGGCGGCCUCAGGGUCCCGACCGCAGCGCCCGCGGCCCUAGGCGAAGGCAGGGGCUCACCCGAGGCUCGGCGGCUGAUGAGGCUCUCGGAACAUGGCAGCCUGUGCAUGGCUCGUCCUGGGAGGAGCUGACUUUAGUCAUCGUGAUGCCUAAGAAUCAAGUGUGACGUCUCUCCAGGUACUUCAUGGUUUCCUCCUCCCUCCUCUCCCCAUCGCUGCUCUACGUGGCUCCUAAAACAUGGGGGAAAACGAGGACGAGAAGCAGACCCAGGCCGGGCAGGUUUUCGAGAACUUCGUGCAGGCGUCCACAUGCAAAGGCACCCUCCAGGCCUUCAACAUCCUCACCCGGCACCUGGACCUAGACCCUCUGGACCACAGAAACUUUUAUUCCAAGCUCAAGUCCAAAGUGACCACCUGGAAGGCCAAGGCCCUGUGGUACAAACUGGACAAGCGUGGGUCCCACAAAGAGUAUAAGCGAGGGAAGUCGUGUAUGAACACCAAGUGUCUCAUCAUCGGGGGAGGACCAUGUGGUUUGCGCACUGCCAUUGAACUUGCCUACCUAGGGGCCAAAGUGGUCGUGGUGGAGAAGAGGGACACCUUCUCCCGGAACAACGUGCUGCACCUCUGGCCUUUCACCAUCCAUGACCUGCGAGGCCUCGGAGCCAAGAAGUUCUACGGGAAGUUCUGUGCCGGCUCCAUCGACCACAUCAGUAUUCGUCAGUUGCAGCUGAUUCUGUUCAAGGUGGCCUUGCUAUUGGGGGUGGAAAUCCAUGUGAAUGUGGAGUUUGUGAAGGUUCUAGAGCCUCCUGAAGAUCAGGAAAAUCAAAAAAUUGGCUGGCGAGCAGAGUUUCUCCCUGCAGACCACUCUCUAUCGGAGUUCGAGUUUGAUGUCAUCAUUGGUGCCGAUGGCCGCAGGAACACCCUGGAAGGGUUCAGAAGAAAAGAAUUCCGUGGGAAGCUGGCUAUUGCAAUCACCGCCAACUUCAUAAACAGAAACAGCACAGCUGAGGCCAAGGUGGAAGAGAUUAGUGGCGUGGCUUUCAUCUUCAAUCAGAAGUUUUUUCAGGACCUUAAAGAAGAAACAGGAAUUGAUCUUGAGAACAUUGUUUACUACAAGGACUGCACCCACUAUUUUGUCAUGACCGCCAAGAAGCAGAGCUUGCUUGACAAAGGUGUCAUCAUUAAUGACUACAUCGACACAGAGAUGCUGCUGUGCGCAGAGAAUGUGAACCAGGACAACCUGCUUUCCUAUGCACGCGAAGCUGCAGACUUUGCCACCAAUUACCAGCUGCCGUCUUUAGACUUCGCCAUGAACCAUUACGGACAGCCUGACGUGGCCAUGUUCGACUUCACGUCCAUGUACGCCUCUGAGAACGCGGCCCUGGUGCGCGAGCGACAGUCACACCAGCUGCUCGUGGCCCUGGUGGGCGACAGCUUGCUUGAGCCAUUCUGGCCCAUGGGCACCGGCUGUGCCCGCGGCUUCCUGGCCGCCUUCGACACGGCAUGGAUGGUGAAGAGCUGGGACCAGGGCACUCCUCCCCUGGAGCUGCUGGCCGAAAGAGAAAGUCUUUACCGGCUCUUACCUCAGACAACCCCAGAGAACAUCAACAAGAACUUUGAGCAGUACACGUUGGACCCCGGGACACGGUACCCAAACCUCAACUCAAACUGUGUGAGGCCCCAUCAGGUGAAGCAUUUGUACAUCACUAAGGAGCUGCACCAGUGCCCUCUCGAGAGGCUGGGCUCAGUGAGGAGAUCUGUCGGCCUCUCCAGGCGGGAGUCAGACAUCCGGCCCAGCAAGCUCUUAACCUGGUGCCAGCAGCAGACUGAGGGCUACCAGCAUGUCAACGUCACCGACCUGACCACGUCCUGGAGGAGUGGCCUGGCCCUGUGUGCCAUCAUCCACCGCUUCCGGCCUGAGCUGAUCAACUUUGAUGCUUUGAACGAAGAUGAUGCUGUGGAGAACAACCAGCUGGCAUUUGAUGUGGCCGAGCGCGAGUUUGGCAUCCCACCAGUAACCACGGGCAAAGAGAUGGCAUCAGCCCAGGAACCCGACAAGCUCAGCAUGGUCCUGUACCUCUCCAAGUUUUAUGAGCUCUUCCGGGGCACCCCGCUGAGGCCUGUGGAUUCUUGGCGCAAAAACUACAGAGAGAAUGCUGACCUCAGCCUGGCCAAAUCAUCCAUGUCCCACAACUAUCUCAACCUCACGUUUCCAAGAAAGAGGACUCCACGAGUGGACAGUCGAAUGGAAGAGAAUGACAUGAACAAGCGGAGGCGGAAAGGCUUCAACAACCUUGACGAGCCUUCCGCCUUUUCCAGCCAGAGCUUGGGCUCCAAUCAAGAGGGCGGUAAAGAAGGUGGAAACCAGAACAAAGUCAAAUCCAUGGCCAGUCAGCUGCUGGCCAAGUUCGAGGAGAACUCUCGGAACCCCACACUCCUGAGGCAGGAGCGCCGUGUCUCAGGCAUAGGUAAGCCUGUCCUGUGCUCUUCCUCUGACCCUCCUGUUAACUCUCGCUGUCCCAAGCCGGAGGAGCCCACUCCCAGCCCGUCGUCAACUCUGAAAAGGCAGUUCCCCUCGGUGGUCGUGACGGGGCAUGUGCUCCGAGAGUUAAAUCAAGUGUCUGUUGGCGGUGAGUGCCCGAGCAGGCCCUGGCGAGCCCGAGCCAAGUCUGACCUGCAGCUGGGUGGGCCAGAAAACCCCGCCGGUCUGCUUCCCCCAUGCCAGGGAGCGCUGGGCCUCUCCGGGGUGCUGCGGCGGCUGCAGCAAGUGGAGGAAAAGAUUCUGCAGAAAAGGGCUCAGAACUUGGCCAACAGGGAAUUUCACACAAAGAAUAUUAAGGAGAAGGCGGCUCACCUGGCUUCCAUGUUUGGACACGGGGAUUUCCCACAGAAUAAACUACUCUCUAAAAGCCUGUCUCAUACUCAUCCUCCGUCUUCUCCCUCCUGCCUUCCAUCUCCUGAUUCAGCUGCUCCUUCCUCUCCACCGACUGUUGACUCUGUUUCUCCUGCCAGAAAGCUGACGGUAGGGAAAGUGUCCAGCGGAAUAGGGGCUGCAGCUGAAGUUCUGGUCAAUCUGUACAUGAAUGAUCACAGACCUAAGACCCAGGCCACCUCUCCAGACCUGGAGUCUAUACGGAAGGUGUUUCCCCUGAACCUGGGUGGCAGCGACACCUGUUACUUCUGUAAGAAGCGUGUGUACGUGAUGGAGCGGCUGAGCGCAGAGGGCCACUUCUUCCACCGAGAGUGUUUCCGCUGCAGCGUCUGUGGCACCACCUUGCGCCUGGCUGCCUAUGCCUUCGAUGGCGACGAAGGCAAGUUUUUCUGCAAGCCUCAUUUCAUCCACUGUAAAACCAACAGUCAGCAACGGAAGCGACGGGCAGAGUUGAAGCAACAAAAAGAGGAGGAGGGGAUGUGGAAAGAGCAAGAAGCCCCUCGGCGAGACCCGCCCCCCGAAAGUUCUUGCGCUGCUGCUGCCAUCAGCAUGCCGGAAGGCAGCCCCCCAGAUGAGCCAACCUCCCCCAAGAAGCCCAAGAGCAUCCCGGAGCCCGAGCCUGGGAACGUGGCAGGUGGAGCUGCCUCUCCCCUGCCUUCUGAGUGGACUUCUGUGAGGAUUGGCCCUGGGGAGGACAUGGUCGGGCAGGACGUGCUGGCUGUGCGUGUCUUGGUCACCAGCGAUGACAGCAGCUCUGACACAGAGUUCGACCAUGGUGGCAGGGAGGCCUCCAGGGCAGAACCCUCUGACAAAAGACCCCAGCAGCUGGAACCCCAACCCCCACCCCUCCCAAAGCUCCUCACCCGGCACAGCUCCCUGAGGGAGACCCUGACCCAGACAAUCUCUGCACAAGGGCCCAAGGAACCUGAAGCUGGGCAAGCUCUGCAGCGGGCCAAUAGCUUCCAGUCUCCAACUCCCAGCAAAUACCAGAGUGGGAGAAGAAAAUUCCAGUCCAGCUUGACACCAGCGAACAACGAAAGAAUUAUGUCGCCUCCAAAGGAAGCGUCUUCUCUUUCUCCUUCCUCAUCUUCUCCUUCACCUUCCCUGCCAUCUUCUUCUUCAGCCGAUGUCUCAAGGAAUGCUCUGGAUGGCUCCUCCCCGCCCCAGGUGACAGUUUACACCCCGAACUCGCAGGUCUCCAGAGGUCAUUUCAGUCCUUCCACCCCCAUCUUUCUGAGACGAGCCAGAGGCCAAGGACCACCCAUGGAACUCUCCCUGCAUCUGCCUCAUGGCCAAGUGCUGGAGCGGGCAGAAUACUGCCUGGUGAGUCCUGGUGGAGAUGGCCUCGCAAGCCCCAGGCCGCCCAGACCUGCAGAGAUGGCUUCUGAUGGGUGUCAGGAAUCUGAGGCCCCUCCUGGGGAUACCAGAAGCAUCCACAGAGGCCCACACCCCUUUGGAGGGAAGGACAGGUGCUUACCAGACCAAGGGCUGUCUCCUGGGACUGGAGAGGAACCAGGAGAACGAAGUACCGGACCCAAGAGGGGAGAGGAGCGGGAGUCCGCGCUGGCAGAGGGGAAGAAGUUGGGCUUAAAGAAGCUGGUCCUCACUCCGGAGCAGAAGACCAGGUUGCUGGAUUGGAGUGACUCCAACCCUGAGGGCUUGCGCCCCGAAGCCAGGACGCAGCUCUCCCAGAAGAGCACCGAAAGUGGCAGAGGAGACCAUGUGCUGAAACCAGUCCACCCCUUUCUGCUUCCUCGGGUGGUGAGAGAGACCCCACCGGCCCAGAGAGAGGCUCAGGAGAAGACGGGGACCCCAGCUGAACGGGCUCCAGGGGAGCGGAGCACGGCCCCGCCCAAGUCCCCACUGCGGCUCAUAGCCAAUGCCAUCCGCAGGUCCCUGGAGCCACUCCUCACCAGCUCCGACGGUGGGAAGAGGGCCUGGGCUAAGCCAGAGCCAAAGACUCUGCCCACCAGCCCACCCCACGCCCGCACUCGCUCGUUCAGCCUUCGGAAAAACAGCUCCAGUAAAGACGGGGACCAGCAGUCCCCCAAGAGAGACAUGGCGAGCAGAGCCUCAGCCUUCUUCUCCCUGGGCACCUCCACGACCAAGGCUCCCCAGUCCUCGGAUCCGAGCCUUCCUGAUCCUCUCCUCCGCACCCACAGUUUCACCAACCGGCCAUCCAAGAUGUGUCCAGUGCCUGUGUCCCCACCCUGCAGCAAGAUGGACGAUGUCCCCACACUCCUGGAGAAAGUGAGUUUGCAAGAGACGUUCCCGGAUCCGUCCAGGGUUCCUAAGAAAAAGACCUCGCUCUUUUCCUCCCUCAGACUCAGAGACAAGUCUUUGGAGAGUUUCUUCCAAGAGUCUAGACCAAGAAAGGACCUCCAAGACCUUUUCAGCAUCCCCAAGGGGAAAGUGCUGCCCAUGGACAGUGCCCAGCCCCCAGAGAAGCUGGUGCAGCCUGUCAGUAGCACCUGCCUGGGGCAGCCCGCCCCUCCUCCUCCUCCGGAGAAAGAUGCAGGUCCCAACCAUAUCCCCAUCAGAGCCCAGGUGACAGGGGCUCUCUCUUCCACCUCGUCUACCACCACCUCUUCUACAGAUGAAGAAUUUGAUCCCCAGCCUUCCGUGCAGUCAAAGGAGAGGAAGACACUCCGAAGAAGAAGAAAGCUGGAAAAAGCAACAAAACAAUUGGUUAAGCAAGAAGAAUUGAAAAGACUUCAUAAGGCUCAGGCCAUCCAGAGGCAGCUGGAGGAGGUGGAAGAGCGGCAGAGGGCUUCUGAGAUCCAGGGCGUGAGGCUGGAGAAGGCGCUGCGAGGAGAAGCAGAUUCAGGCACACAGGAUGAAGCACAGCUUUUGCAGGAAUGGUUUAAGCUGGUUCUGGAGAAGAAUAAAUUAAUGCGAUAUGAGUCAGAACUACUGAUCAUGGCGCAAGAAUUGGAAUUAGAAGAUCAUCAAAGCAGACUGGAGCAGAAACUACGAGAGAAGAUGCUCAAAGAGGAGAGCCAGAAAGAUGAGAAUGAUCUGAAUGAAGAGCAAGAAAUACUCAACGAGAUGAUGCGUGUGAUUGAGCAAAGGGACAAGCUGGUGGACUCCUUAGAGGAACAACGCAUAAAAGAGAAGGCAGAAGACCAGCACUUUGAAAGCUUCAUAUUCUCCAGGGGCUGCCAGCUGAGCAGGACGUGAGCAGGCCUGGUGCCCCUUCACUCAUGCCUACUUCUCUUCAUAGGCUAUGUCAGACCUGGAACUAAAGUUAUACUCUACUGCAAUAUAUAUAUAUAUAUUUAACUUAAAGUUCUCUCAUAUGUACUCCAGCUACCUGCCCAAGAUCCUUCCAGAGAUUUUAACGAAGAAAAUACAAAGACUCUUUUGACCUUGACAGGCAACUUCUGCUGGUCUCUGAGAUUGGAGGUGACCUUGGAAGAUGACCAGCAUUGCUUUCCCUAGAAAGUGACACAGAGAUUGACUUUGCUGCUGCUUUCACUAUUUCUCUUCCCAAUUCAUUGAGUUACACAUCUUGAGAUUUUUAAGACGCUGCCUUUUCAUUAAUAUAUCCGUAUUUGCCUUUUUUUGCAUGGAUGACUGGUUUCCAAAUGUCAGAAAGAAGCAGUUGCAGUUUAAAGAUUAGGUUAAUAUUUAAAUUGUGUUUCCAGAGAAAGAGGCGACACCUCGAGAUUAGUGAUUACAUAAAGCAAAUAGCUCAUAUAGCAGGUGUUAAUUCAAUCCAGGGUGAAUUUAAUUUACCAGGUGUAUUUAUAAGCCUUAAUAUAAUAUACAUAAGCGAUGAGAGUUUAAUAGAACACUUGAGCCUUAAUUUUAUUUAAAG